AUGGUCAAAACUUGCCAAUGGGUCCUUCGCAAACGGGCCUCGGACCUACCGAUCCUUACCGGACCUGACGCUACCUUCGCACUCAUUGAAGCCGAUUCUGGUGCUCCAAAUAAAGGCGAGGUCCUGAUCAAGUCGUUGUAUUUCUCAAACGACCCCUCUCAGCGUGGCUGGGUCGAUGCCUUCACGGAAAACGAACGCCUUUACGUUCCUCUGCUUCCAGAAGGAGCGCCCAUGCGAGCAUUUGCCAUUGCGGAAAUCGUCGAAUCCAAAGCCGACUCCCUGAAGAAAGGCGACCUUGUCCGGGUGUGGACCGGGUGGUCGGAAUAUGCGGUAGUGGACGCGCAACGGUGCACAAAACUAGCACCACUGCCCAAUGGCCUGAGUGAAACACACCAUCUUGGUGCUCUUGGAUUUACGGGCUUAACGGCUUACUUUGGGAUCAACGAUGUUGCCCAAGCAAGAAAAGAUGAUGUUGUCGUCGUUUCUGGUGCGGCAGGUGCAACCGGAAGUAUGGUGGUGCAGCUCGCAAAAAAGGUCAUCGGCUGCAAGAUGGUUAUUGGCAUAGCAGGUUCCGAUUCGAAGUGCAGAUGGGUCGAGUCCUUGGGUGCAGAUACUUGCUUGAACUACAAUUCAUCGAAUUUUGCCCAAGAUCUGGUGAAAGCGACACCGGAGUUUGUCAAUGUCUACUUUGAUAAUGUUGGUGGAGGUAUUCUGGAUCUCCUCCUGACUCGCAUGGCGAAAUAUGGCCGCAUCGCAGCAUGUGGCGCAAUUACCAACUACAACAAAUCUGGCAAUAACACCAUCGGUAUCAAGAAUUGGUUUGAAAUUAUCACUAUGCAAGUUCAAAUUAAAGGAUUCCGUGUUAUGGAUUAUGUGGGCCGAUUCGAGGAAGCUCUUCAAGUCCUGUUGAAGGCAGUGGUGGAUAGAAAGCUCAAGAUUGAUUCCGAGAUAGAACAUGUGGUUGAUGGCCGUUUUGAAGAUGUCCCAGGGAUUUGGAUGAAGCUCUUUACCGGAGUCAACCAAGGAAAAUUGAUCACAAAGCUUUAG